AUGUAUCUGCUUCACCAGCAUUGUUGGUGGGGCAGUCCGUCAGAUAGUAGUUGCUUGGAUACUGUCAUCUACAACAGAGAAACAGACCAGAGCCGUGGAUUCGGGUUUGUCACCAUGAGCACCAUUGAGGAGGCUGAGAAGGCUGUGGAAAUGUUCCAUCGCUACGACGUGGGUGGGAGGCUGUUGACUGUAAACAAGGCGGCUCCUAGAGGUGCCCGUGUGGAGAGGCCUCCCCGUGAUUCUGGGUCUUCAUUCAGGAUUUACGUGGGCAACCUGCCGUGGCAGGUGGACGACUCUAGGUUGGUAGAGAUGUUCAGUGAGCAUGGCAAAGUCGUCGAUGCCAGGGUUGUCUACGACAGGGACACCGGGCGCUCACGGGGAUUCGGUUUCGUGACAAUGGCAUCGCAAGUGGAACUGGAUGAUGCUAUUGCUGCCCUUGAUGGACAGAGUUUGGAGGGGCGUGCCCUACGAGUGAAUGUCGCAGAGGAGCGGCCACCGCGGCGGUUCUAGAUGAGAUGUAUUUGUCGGUGGUCUACAGCAUGCCUUCUGCUUAAGAGUGACGAUAGCAUGUCAAAUACCGUUUUAGACCCUCCGUUAUCCUCCCAUCCAUUCUUGUGCCAUGUUUCUUCUUUCUGGUGUUUUUUUUUGUUCUUGCUAUCUUGGUUCCCUGAUCUCAAUUUGUCGAUGCAAUGCAAAAGUUUUGUCUGACAUAUAUAUGUUUAAUCCCCAUGAUUCAUGCUUGCAUGAUAUGCAAAAAGGAGCCCAAAAUGUUUUUUUUGUGA